GCUGUGGCCAGAGGCGGGGCGAGAGCCCGGAGGGGCUUAGGAUUGCGGAAGUUUUGUGAGAAGGGUCGGGCGGUUCUCGGAGCGCCGUGUGGUUUUGGAACAAGUUCCAGAAAAGAAGCCGCGGCUCGGGGUCCGAGAGCCACCAGCCUGCGCACGUUCCGGGCAGCACCGGGCGCGACUCGACGUUGCCGCUGUUGGCUUCCUCUGCCCUCGUUCUUCCCAGAGAACCGCCUAGAUCUCCGCCAUGACAUCCACCUCGCCCAACCUCCAGAAAGCAAUAGAUCUUGCUGGCAAAGCAGCCCAGGAAGACAAAGCCGGGAACUAUGAGGAAGCGCUUCAACUCUACCAACAUGCCGUUCAGUAUUUUCUUCAUGUAGUUAAAUAUGAAGCUCAGGGUGAUAAAGCCAAGCAAAGUAUCAGGGCAAAGUGUACAGAAUAUCUUGAUAGAGCAGAAAAACUAAAGGAGUACCUGAAAAAGAAAGAGAAAAAUCCACAGAAACCAGUGAAAGAGGGACAGCCGAGUCCAGCUGACGAGAAGGGGAAUGACAGUGAUGGGGAAGGAGAAUCUGAUGAUCCUGAAAAAAAGAAACUACAGAAUCAACUUCAAGGUGCCAUUGUUAUAGAGCGACCAAAUGUGAAAUGGAGUGAUGUUGCUGGUCUCGAAGGAGCCAAAGAGGCACUUAAAGAGGCUGUGAUAUUGCCUAUUAAAUUCCCUCAUCUUUUUACAGGCAAGAGAACACCUUGGAGGGGAAUUCUGUUAUUUGGGCCACCUGGAACAGGAAAGUCCUAUUUAGCCAAAGCUGUAGCAACAGAAGCAAACAACUCAACAUUUUUUUCAAUAUCUUCCUCUGACCUUGUCUCUAAGUGGCUAGGUGAAAGUGAAAAGCUAGUUAAGAACUUAUUCCAACUUGCUAGAGAGAACAAACCUUCCAUUAUCUUCAUUGAUGAAAUUGAUUCCCUGUGCGGCUCAAGAAGUGAAAAUGAAAGCGAAGCCGCCCGGAGAAUUAAGACGGAGUUCCUAGUUCAAAUGCAAGGUGUUGGUGUAGACAAUGAUGGAAUUUUGGUUCUGGGAGCUACAAAUAUACCGUGGGUUCUGGAUUCUGCCAUUAGAAGAAGAUUUGAGAAACGAAUUUAUAUUCCUUUGCCUGAGGCCCACGCCCGAGCAGCGAUGUUUAAACUGCACCUGGGGACCACUCAGAACAGUCUCACAGAAACAGACUUCCGGGAACUCGGGAAGAAAACGGAUGGUUAUUCGGGGGCGGACAUAAGUAUCAUCGUGCGCGAUGCACUUAUGCAGCCUGUUCGAAAAGUGCAGUCAGCUACUCAUUUUAAAAAGGUGCGCGGACCUUCACGAGCUGAUCCCAACAAGACAGUAGAUGAUCUGCUAACACCCUGUUCUCCUGGUGACCCUGGUGCCAUUGAAAUGACAUGGAUGGAUGUCCCUGGGGAUAAACUUUUGGAGCCAGUUGUUUGCAUGUCGGAUAUGUUACGGUCACUAUCUAACACAAAACCCACAGUCAAUGAACAUGACUUGUUGAAGUUAAAGAAGUUUACAGAAGAUUUUGGCCAAGAAGGCUAAACCAAAGACAACGAAGAAGACAUUUACCAUGUGUGUUCUUUCUUUCAUAGGUACUUUUGCCUUUCUUGGAUGGCAUUCAGAUUAUUUCCAGUGAAACUCUUUUCCCACAGGGAAAUACCGAUCUCAAUCCAGAGUUCCUUUAAUUUUAUCCAUAUUUUUGUUCCAUUACCAGUUAAGUGCUCCUGUUAACAAAAAUUAUAAAAUAAUGGAUAAUAAGGAAAUGAGUGAUAAAUGAAUGGCAAAAAAUAGGAAUUACCCAGAAGAGGAUUAACAUUGAUUGAGAUACCAGUAUUUAGAAUUGGUGGUAUUUGCAAAGAGCAUUUCUCUUUUUUUAUAUUCUUUUUCACCAAAAUGUAACAGGCCUUAUUUUAUAUUUUGAAAAAUAAUUCUUAAUUCUCAUCAAUGCAAAAUUUAUUUACUUUAUUAAAAAUUUUUAAAUGAUAGAACCUUAAUUCUCAGGGAUGGGCGGUAAAACAGCGAAGAGCACUGUGAUUGGGCUUGAAAGAUUCUGAAUUGUGUUCUAGCCGAGUCUCAUUGAGUUUUGAUAGGCUAACAUUUUUCUUUGUGUAGAUUUCAAUAAUUUCUUUAAAAGCAACAAGCUUCUAUAGUUAAUUAAAUAAUACCUUUCACUGUGCAAUCUCAAAAGAAGGACUUUCUAAAUUGGCAUUGUCUUCAUCUUGAAGAAGAAAAUUGUCUAUUUCGGUGUCUUUUUAUAGCAUGAUUGACCAAUACAGAUGGCAAAUAAAUACAUACUUUUUAAAUAAUUCUGUCAUGAAAUACUAUAAUGGGAACCUUUGCUAAAGGAAUGGUCUCCCUUUGAAUUAUGGGAAAUUUCUUGUGGGUGUGUGUGUACAUAUAUAUAUAUAAAUAGAAUUUUUUUUUUUAAUAUAGGCUACCAAGGGUCUUGUCUUUUACCUUUUAAGUCCAGGGAAGUUUGUCUUUGCCACACAUAUGUUAUCAAGUGUAAUGAUCUUGAAGCUUUAGAAAUGAGCUAAUGUCUCAUUAAAUAAUAAAAAACAAACAUGAUAUGUUAUUUUAAUAUCUCCAAAUAAAUCUGAAGGUGUAUGUUACACACUUUAGCGCAAACACUAAGUUGUGCCUUGUGCAUUUGCGUUGGCUCUAUAUGCAAAAGAAUGAUUCAGUUAGCUGGAAUGAGGUAGAUUCCUUAAUGACUAUAAAGUUCUACCUUGCAAAUACUAUAGAAUAACUUGCAUUUUAAAGUAUAUUUGCACAUUUUACAUAUAAUGCUCUAUGGUUGCCUUUGAGUUUUCUGUACAGAUUGUUUUUGUUGAUACUAAAUGGAAAUCAUAGGCCUGAAAUCCACUGUUCUUAUGUGAAGUAAAUUGAUAUAACCUAC